AGGUUUAAUUGAUGACAAGUUGCAGGUUACAGUCAUUCUUUCAAAUUCAAAACAUGGCAGACCUGUUAAAUGUAGUCGUGGCUCAGGCAAGUGAGAAUAUAACAGAAAAUGCCACAAAUUCAACAGGGAAACCCCCAGGUACUCCAGAGGGUAUGGCAGUGGCUUAUGGAAGUUUAGUUAUAAUGGCUAUUUUACCAAUUUUCUUUGGUUCAUAUCGGUCUGUCAACUACCAUAAGGAACAGAAAUCAGAAAAAAUGACCAAAAAAGAAGCUGCAAUGUUCCCAAUUAUGGCUUCCGCGGCACUUUUUGUACUUUAUAUUGUGUUCAAAUUAUUCUCAAAAGAAUAUAUCAACUUACUUCUAACUGGAUAUUUCUUCUUCCUGGGCGUUCUUGCAUUGACGCACCUAUUGAGUCCUGUUGUAAGUAAAUUAGUUCCAGCAGCAAUUCCAAACAUUCCAUACCAUAUAAUGUUCAAGCAAGGUGAUGGAGACGCAACGCAAUACUUAAUUAAUUACAGAUUUAGUUCUUACGAUGUAGUCUCUUUAUCUGCAUGCUCUUUAGUUGGAGCGUGGUACCUACUACAGAAACAUUGGGUUGCAAAUAAUCUAUUUGGUCUUGCAUUUUCUGUCAAUGCUGUAGAGCUACUUCAUAUAAAUAAUGUAGCUACUGGAUGUAUAUUGUUGUGUGGAUUGUUCUUUUAUGACAUAUUUUGGGUAUUCGGAACAGAUGUUAUGGUCACCGUUGCUAAAAGCUUUGAAGCUCCAAUCAAACUUGUAUUUCCCCAAGAUCUUCUGUCUAAUGGUUUUUCUGCUAAUAAUUUCGCCAUGCUUGGAUUAGGUGAUAUUGUAAUACCUGGUAUUUUUAUCGCCCUACUUCUCAGAUUUGACCAUAGUCUGAAGCGCAAGACAAAAACAUAUUUCCAUGCCACCUGUUUCGCCUAUUUUGUGGGAUUAAUGGCAACCAUAUUUGUAAUGCACAUUUUCAAGCAUGCACAACCUGCCUUAUUAUAUUUAGUACCAGCUUGUCUUGGAACGCCCAUAUUACUUGCGAUUGUUAAAGGUGACCUGAAGACAUUAUUCAAAUAUGAAGAUACACCUGAGAAUGAAAAGUCUGAACAAGAUGAUAAACAAGUAAAAUCUGAAGUGAAAAAAGUAAAAUAAAAUGUCUAUAGUUUGUAUGAGGAACAAAAUGCUUCUUCCUUAAAAAUAAACUGUUCCAUUUCGAUCCUGAUUAGCACAAACUUAAUUUUAUUUAUUCUGUUAAAAGUAAUUUGGAUAUAUAUAUACAUAUAGGUAUACACUCGAUAUGUGAAGGAAUUAUAUACAUUGUUUUAUAUAUUUAUUCAGGAACCAUCUUUUUAUUAUAUUUUUUUUAGAUAAAUGCAGAAAUUCUUGUUAUUAAACAGACAAUUUGAAA